AUGCCUCUUACCGGACACUGCCUCUGCAAGGCCGUCACCUACUCGGCCGACGUCGACAAGCCCCUCCUCACGGGCUACGACCACUGCGACGACUGCCAGCGCCAGUCCGGCUCAACCUACUCCCUCGUCGUCGUUGUCCCCAAGGACAAGCUCACCAUCAAGGGCCCCACCAAGUCCUGGGCUGGCAAGGGUUCUUCGGGCAAGGACGUCCACCGCAUCUUCUGCUCCGAGUGCGGCAGCCCCAUCGCCCACGACCCCGACGCGGCCCCCGAGAUCAUUGCCCUCAAGGGCGGCACCCUUGACGCCGAGAUCAAGAAGACCCUGAAGCCCGAUACCGAGAUUUGGACCGUUGGCAAGCUUCCUUUCUGCCAGGAGACUCUGGCUCACCCCUUCAAGCACAUGCCCGAGUAA